AUGAUGAUGAUGAUGAUGUUUGCGUAGGAGUGUUUUAUUUUGCGGACAGUGUUGGUUAACCAGUCUCUACUGUUCAAACAACUCCAGACAAGCGGUGGAUGGAACUGUGUGUGUGUGUGCGGCUGGCUGCCUGCUCCAAACACAUCUUCCAGAGAUAUCACCAUUAUUAUUAGUGUUCGUUAUCAUUAUUGUUGCUGGAGCCUCAUUUGGAGUAAUUUUUUUUUCUCUUUCUGCGAGUCUGGAAUUGGACAGAAAAUGUUUUGCAUGCGGAUGACAAGAAUGUGUUGGGAAAAGUAGUCCAGAAACAAAAAAUAUCAACGUGGACAUUUUUGCAAAAGGACGCAUGUGCUGUUUUUCUUUUCAUUCUUUUUCUUGUUAGUUAAUAACUAAAGAGGAUCAGGCUCUGGGGAGUUUAUUAUUUUGAGCCCCCUCUCUCUACUUCCAUGUAGCGCGCACCCCUGCCUUCUGCUGAUUACUUUACCGACACUGGGGACUUUUCAUUGUCGUUGGUGUCAUUAUUCAGUGACUGAGGUCGACACCAGCCAAAACCAGCAGAGGUCGGGACCUGAGCUCCGAGGAGCCACCACUACCUUAGAUGUGACCCGGCGAAUUCCUCUUAUCUCUGAAGGGUGUUGAUGGAGAGCCAUUCGAAUGACAGCCGGGACAGUGGUCAUCACUGGUGGAAUUCUAGCUACAGUUAUAUUACUCCUUAUCAUCGCAGUACUGUGCUACUGUAGGCUGCAGUAUUAUUGCUGUAAGAAGGAAGAGUCCGAGUCGGAGGAGGAGGAGCCAGACUUUGCCGUUACGUCCCGCCUCCCACCGGUCCACUCCAACCACAACAUUGUGGCGGCGACGGCCGCCGCCUCCUCCAUCCCAAAUGGCCCCGCCCUUUUCUCCACCCCUCCGCUAGCCAGGAAACUGACACGUUCACAGACCUUCUGUCCAUCCUGUACACAUUAUGAGCUGCCUUUCUACCUCCAGCCCCCUCAGCCACAGAUCCACCACCAACCAGAUGGGUUGAGGAACGGAGGUGACCGGAUCAGCUACCGCAGUGUCCAGCAGCAGGAUCUGGACCUGCCAGUGCCUGUGAAUAUUUCAAACUAUCGCAAACCAAACCUUGCCCGGUCGGUCACCAUGAGGGACAUGUUCACACGCAGCUGUAGCAUCAGCACUGAUGUUUAGCUGGGCGAGGUUGGAACUUGGUGUAAGUUUCUGUUUAAAUGGAUUGGAAAGGCCUAGACUGGACUGUGCUUGAGUCAGACUUUGUUCAUGUCAUCUUGACCACUUUAGUCCAGUCUAGUAUUGUUUGAUGUAGUCUGGUCUCAUUCUUCUGGUCACCUCUUGCAGAAUGGAGGACUCAGAUGGCUCUCAGGACAGCAUUUUCAAAGGUACUAUGCUCAGGUCCAGGACCUUACACUUGGGCGAAUAUAGAAUUAAAAGUAUUUAAAAAAUGUUAAAUUAUCAAUAACAUGAACUUGUUGUGAAUAGUUCUUUUUUUAACAAAAGAAUGGAAUUUGUUUUAAGAUUUGAUAAAAUUUGUGUAGCCCUUCUUCCCCUGGACUCUUCUACCAAUGGCCUGAAAGACAGACAGAUUCCCGCCAUGUCCAAAUGACAUAAUCGGCAGGGAUUUUCUCUCUGCCAUAGCUGCUACAAACAAAAUAUGAUUAGGAGACGUCCAGUGUUUCCUUCUCCUAUGAUGGGAUGAUCUGUCUGUUCCUCCAUCCACAGAUUAUAGAGAUUAUAAAAUGUCACUCACCACCAGUGGACAGACUAGAGAACGAACGGGGAUGUCAUGUUUUAGCUGCCACCCACAGACAUUUUAGAUAGACUUAACUUAGGCCAUAAUAUUUUAAGACAUAAAGGGCUUACAGAAGACGUAAAAAUCCCUGCUCGUUUUCCACAUGCUUUCGUAGAGGUCUCCAUUUUGACGAAAGGCUGGUUUCUCUGAGCGCCUGCUGACAACACAAAGUGUAAAUACAGUAUUCUACACUUAAGCAGAGAGGGACCUCUGUGUUCUUGCAGGCAGGGUGGACUAGGUGCCAAAGGGGGCUGGGUUUUUGCAUUUGUGUGCAUAUGUGUGAGCGUGCUUGCAUGCAUGUGUGCGUGUGUGUAUAACUUGAUUGAAUGUUGUACUAGAAUUCUUAUUCCAUACAAUUGAACACAAUCUGUUACCCCUAAGUAUACUGAACCCAGUGGUGGGUUGCAAUAACAUUUUAAACAUCUUAAAGGGUGAAUUGUCAAGGUAAAGUUUCCAUGCGCCACUUUACUCUAAAUUCUUGUCAAUGCAAAGAAUGACCCAAACAUUGAUAUGACAAACUCAAAUUGGGUUUGCUACAAUGUUGUAAAUGUCUAUUUUACUGAUUUAAUGCUAUAACACAGGCUCGAGCUGUAGGUGGCUGUCAGAGGCAAAAGGUUUUUACGGCAGCACUUUUAACUUUUAACAAAUGUGAUCUUUGUUAUAGUUCUUCACUUAGGGUUUCAGUUUGUGGACUCUUCACUGCGUUCCUUGUGUUGUCUCUGAUUUGCUGAUAUAUGGAUUCAUGGGCUAAAGAUUAAUUCACCUUUAAAGACACAUCUAUAAAUAUUUAACAGGCCAUGGCAUACACCGCAGUCGCUCUCUCUUCUCUGACUCGUUGGACUGGGGAAUAUUUGCUCUUGCUCUGAGGUACUCGGAGAACUCCUUUCUCUGGAUUGUUUUUAUUUUCCUGCGCUUGGCUGAGCGGCCUGGCUGCAGGGCUGAUAUUCCGACUGGAGGAAGCAGCGGCUGAGUUUUAUGGACACAGGACACACAUUUGAUGAAUGAAAUUAUUUACUGGUGGCUGUGUGAGGAGUUUGAAGCUGAUUGGAUUGUCCUUUCUUGGACACUGCCCCUCCCUCCCCCUUCCCCUCAAAAUGGAUGGUAAAUGCUAUUGUGCCCCUCUCUCUUUCUCUCUUUCUCUCUCUCGCUCUCUCUCUCUCUCGCUCUCUCUCUCUUUUUCUGUCUCUCUGUUGAUUUUAUCAGACAUCAUGCUCAUUUAUUUUCCCAAAGGGUGAAACAGUAACUGACUUUGUUUUACGUUUUUCCUCUUGUGACAUGUGCUUUCCUGCAAAUACACUAGAAAUAGUUCUCAAUGCUAUGCUUUCCUUAUUUUUGAAACUGAAACUAUGUGACAGUUGCACAGGAAAUUUAGUGCCAUAAAGAAUUAUGAGAGAAAUAUAUUAUUAUUAUUAUUAUUAUCAUUAUUAUUAUUAUUAUUACAAGUGUAUAUUCAAAUGCAGUGUUGCUUUUAACUUAAAGUAUUUGAAUUACUUGCUUUAUUUUAUGAUCCAGCUGGUUUUUCAGACUCAGUACAGUACAGCAGAAAUGUUUCUGUCCUUGUUUCUAAUGUAUAACUAACAGACACAUUGUUGCUAA